CUGAACACCAGUGGAGCAGGGAGAAUUAUAGACGACCUACCAUCAUCACCAGCUCAACACACCCAGGACCUAGCCACUUUCUUAACCAGUAUUUCUCCUUCUUUUUUGGAAAAAUCUCAUCAUGGAUAUCCCCAUCCAAUACCCCUGGUACCGCCGAGCUCUCGGCCCUCGUCUCUCUGACCUGCCCUCGGUAGAAUCCCUCUCUGAUUGGCCACUUAUCUGGCCUCUCUCUUGGUCCCUCCCCUGGAUACGCCCUUCCUUCAUGCGCUGGCUCAACUGGCCUGAAAAUGGACACACUGAGAUGCGCGUGGAGAAGGAUCGGUAUAUCAUUUAUCUGGAUGUGAAGCAUUUCUCCCCUGAGGAGAUAUCUGUCAAUGUCACUGGGGAGUUCAUCACAGUACAUGCCAAGCAUGAGGAGAGGCAGGAUGACCAUGGCUUUGUGUCAAGGGAAUUUCUGAGGAAGUACAAGCUUCCUAUGGGCACCUCCUGUAAUGAAGUCACUUCAAGUCUGUCAAGCGAUGGCGUGCUGACAAUCACUACCCCUCGGUCCCCUACCACCCCGGAGCAUGCCAUUCCUAUCAUCUGUGAAGAUGGGGCAACAAAACAAAAGAAGUAGAGCAGAACCUGACCCCAUAGCCUGUCCGACUACUAAAACAAAGCGAUACCUGUCUCAAUUUAGCCCUGUCCCACUCUGUUGGCAGUUGAGGUGACUUAUACCUGUCUGCCCACAUAUUGAUAGGCCAGGAUGCCUUGUGGUGAAAUAAUAUCUAACCCCUAACCCAAUGUUGCUCUUAAAUCUUUGCAGGAGAAUGGUGCUUUACAGCCAGAGUCUAACAUUUUGAGCUUUUGUAACGUAAUCUGGGAGCAUGCUAAAACAUUUUGGGACACACUAAGUUAAGGAACAGGUUUAUAUUUAUAUAACUAGGACAGAAAACAGAGAGGUCCUGAAAGUUGAUUUCCACAUCACAAGCCUCCAGAACUACCCUAUGUUAAGAAAAAAGAAGAAAGAAAAGAAAACAUACCUCUCUUUCCAAAAUGUUCCCACAACUGUGUAAAUGGGAUAUCUUUAUAUUUUGACAUUUGGUUUAUGAUUUUUUCACAGGGCACUUGACAUGCAUCAUGGGAAACUGUCUGCAUCAGGGUUUGAGUAACAGAAUGGGGAGAAUGUUAGCAUCCCUCAGUGAAACCAAUGGGUAAAGUGGCUUGCAAGCUAGACUUGUGGUUUGUAACACGUUGAGGAAUGCUGACAAAGUAGUGUAAGGACAGCUGGAAGGCAAACGUAAGAUGGUUUUGUCCAUGUUAUGACAGGUGUUAGAGGAAGAUUAGUAGACUCAAUUUUAAAAUGUCAUAAUAUUCCUUAAAUAUUACCUGCGUGGCCAUAAGUAAGAUGUCAGUUCAAUCUGUUUACUCUUUUGAGGAUAGUGCUGGUUGUAUGUGUGAGGUAAGAGGGACAUCCCUGGAAGAAUAUAGUCAUCAGUGUGUUCACUAUAAAAUGGAAACACCAAAGGAAUAGGGACCAGAUGUGUAUUUCACUGAAAAGAAAUAGAGGGCCAAAGAUGUGGGAGGGUGAAAGAACAGGAAGAAAGUGGAAGCUAGUGGCAAGAGGUGGGAACUGAUAUUAGCGGAGAGAAAACCUGGAAAAAAACUGGAUUUCUUUCCACUGAGGAGCAUGAGCUCUGAGCUGCUAAGAAAACUCUGUGUGUGUGUGUGUGUGUGUGUGUGUGUGUGUGUGUGUGUGUGUGCAUGCGCAUGUGUAGCUUAGGUUGAACCCUGAGCGGAUACGUGUGUAUCGUUGCAAGAAAGUUUGCAGAUAUUUAUGGCUUUACCAUUCCUUUAUAUUGAUUUCAAACCCCAAAUGUAUUAACCUCUGUUGUUAAAAGGUAACACCAAUUAGAAUAAACAUUGAAACAUACAUGCU